GCGGGCGGGCCGCGGUCUCCCGGCAACGCGGAGCGCGAUGGAGGCGCUGUCGGUGCCCGCGGCGCUGGCGCUGGUGGCCGGCGGCGGCGCGGGGCUCAGCCCGGAGCUGCGGGCGGCGCUGGGCGCCUCGCUGCCGCUGGUGCAGCGCGACUACCGCUUCGAGCGGGUCUGGUUCUGGGGCUGCAUCCAGGGCGUGCGCGGCUCCUACUACAUCGCCCAGGGGCUGGGCCCCGACCGCGCCGCGCCCCGCAGCCGCCUGUACAGCUUGAACUGCUUGGACUGGAGCCUCCUGACGCCAGCCACCCAGGAGAUGCUUGCACUGGCUGAGCAGGUGAAGGGCCGCUUUCAGGGGGAUCCUUCUUUUGAGUACAGCUUGGCUGAGAUAAACCCAGAAGCUGCUGCAAGACUGGUUGAAAGUGGUAAGGAGCCUGUGAUCAAGGAGGAGGCCCGCCUCAUAGCUACGAUAGAGCACAUAGACAGAGCAGUUGGUGUCGUCCCCCGGGGGGCAUUUGUGAAGACUCCUCUUGGGUCUGUGCAUGAAAACAGACUCUUUGAAGGUCUGUCUUUGGUGGAGGCAAAAAAGUUAAGUUCCUAUUUCCAUUUCACUGAGCCUGCUAACCUGAAGAAUAAAACCCUGAUGGAAAAGGCUGACCUGGACCCAUCCACCGACUUUCUAGAUUCUCUGGAGCAUGAUAUCCCACGAGCAGCUCGAGUCAGUCUGUCAGAAAGGAGUGUAACAAACAUGUGGAACUUGCUACUGAAAGCGGCAGAGGAAACAGUGGUGUCCAAGAAACUUUUGAGAAGUACAGAAAUACAAAGUGAGGAGUUAGGAAACAGCUACUAUAGUUUGCCAUGAACUGCACGUGAGACAACACCUACUGCAAGGGAGCACGCAAGAGCCCAAGGCUGCACGGAUGCAGAUUGCCCAGCUAGCUGCUGCUUUGUGGCUGCCAGGCAGGCCUGACAGCCUGUGCUUCCUUGCACCUGCUGGUAGACCACAGCUCCAGGAGCUGCAGUCAGCCCUUGGGCCACAUCCCAGGGAGACCUGCUGUAGGAACCUGGGGUGUUAAAGCCCUUCAGCUCUUUGUCAGAUGUGACUAAAAUUGGCCAAGAGUCACGAGUGAGUGGGAGCGGGAGGACACGCAGCUGACAGCAAUCACAGAAGCCCUUCCCCAGGCUAACCGUGACAUGAGUAAGCAUGAAUCAUAGCAUAAAUUGAUGAGUCUAAAAUUAAUGAGCCUAAAAUUAUCUACAAAGAUGAGUACUGCCUAAAUAGCCCAACACAUUAUGUGCUUUCUGCUUAUUCUGGAAUUGGCAGAUUUUGGCUUUGGGUACAGAUAGGCUGACUGCUUGACUCUAGGCCAAUGGUAGCCUGACAGUUCCAACCGCAGUUUUUUAAUUUGGACCUACUCCUGUUUUUUUUAGAUGGAGAUUCAGGAAGACCCUUCUUCCCUAUAUUGUAGCCUCUAGGUAUUACUGCUUUGGUGCUGAAGCUGGUAUUUUCUUCUCCUGGCAGGUCCUUGCCCUCCAGCACUGAAUCCAAGCUGAUGCUUCAGCCUCCUCCCUCUGGCACAAUUCCCAAGCUGUCAUGUCAGAUGCAAAAUAAAUACUCAGAGGCUCUGAGCUCCUUGUAUCCAGAAGAAACUGCAUUUUCACACUGGCUCUGAACCUCUUCUGUGGAGCCAAAACAAAAUUAAUGUGGAAACUAAUCCCUUUGCCCCUACCACGCACAUCCUCUUCAACGGUGGAGCCAAGAAAGACUGAAGAGAAUUAGCCUUUUCCAUAUAUUUCUCAGAUAGGAAAUACCCUGCUUUUCAUUUUCUCAUUUUUUUUCCAGUUGCUGAGAGAAACCAGUCUUCUCUGAAGGAGGAAAGCACCUUCUUUCUAUUCCCACUACUAAUGCUAGAAGUUUAUUUUAAGGACAAAUUUCAUUCCUAUGCAGGAUUGCUAUAGCUCAUCUUGGCUCUCUAUAGCUAUUGGCUACACCAAGUAGGUGGCAGAACUUGUUGGAGUAACUGCUGCCCACUCAGACAGAGCCAAGAAUAGCUGCAGCCUCUCCUGGGGAUCAGCUAUACCAGUCUGGAGCUUGAGGGUCCCUUCCUGUGACGCAUAUGACAUUACCACCACAGCCAUGGGAAUAUGCUACUAUGUGAACCCAGACAGACAUCUGGAAACCAGGGCAGCCUGCAGUGCUGAACUGACAAAAGGAAAACAGGGCAUCAAGGUUUAUGUUCUCCCCGACUUUCCUCCUUUCAGGUGUCACAAACUCCACUGCAGCCUUGCACACUGUUAACUGGUCAGGCAGAACCCCUGGCAGCCCUUCUCUCAGCAUAGGUUAACUUGCUGCAGGAGCACUGCCUCUUUCUUUUUUCUAGUGAUUCACUUGCACAUCU